ACAAAGACAUAUAAAGAAUUCCAAGUCACAAAGACAAAAGGCCAGAAAACAAAAAGUAAGAAUUCUAUCCUUCAUCGUUAAGGUUGCUAAAAUCUUAUUAACAGAUCCUUACACGAAACCCACUUCUCUGUAUAAACAUAUUUAUUCCCUUCAUUUCCUUGCUUCAAACCAAACAGCGCCUUGCACGCUUUUAAACAAUUUGGCGCGUCCAAAACAAACACUGGUGCUUUUCCUUCCUUCUCUAGCCAGCUAGCAGCAACCUUUCUCCACACACAGUCGCAGAGUUUGAGAUGACGACGGUGACUCCAACAGCCGGCCAAAGAUCCGAAAUUGCCUUCUUCGACCUGGAAACCACCCUACCCGGUGAGUGUGAGGGCUUUGCGAUUCUCGAAUUCGGAGCCAUCCUGGUGUGCCCCAGAACGCUAGUGGAGCUCCAUACUUACGCCACCUUUGUCCAACCAGCUGCUGAUCCAUCUUUAAUUUUCUCCUCCUCCUUCCUUCGCUCCAAUGGCAUCACUUAUGACAACAUUGUUUCUGCCCCUACUUUCUCUGACAUCGCAGAUACUGUUUACGAAAUCCUCAAUGGGAGACUUUGGGCAGGACAUAACGUUCAGAAGUUUGACAGUGUUAAAAUAAGGGAAGCUUUUGCUGAGAUUGGAAGACAGCCGCCAGUGCCUAAGGGUGUUAUUGACACUUGGGAAUUGUUGACCCAUAAAUUUGGAAGGAGAGCGGGUGACAUGAAGAUGGCUAGUCUUGCUACUUACUUUGGGCUUGGAAAGCAGACACAUAGGAGCUUAGAUGAUGUUCGAAUGAAUGUUGACGUUCUUAAGUGUUGUGCAACCGUUUUAUUAUUGGAGUCGAGCUACCCAGAUGCAUUUGUAGUGACAAAUGUUGGAUCUACUACAUUCCAACCGGCUCCAUUUUCCAGGGGAACUCUAGGCAAUGAAAUGAAUAUAGACUCCCUUCAACAAGAUGCUGCCAUAGAGCCUAAAAAAGAGUCUUCUGAGAUACCUUCGUCACUGACUGUCCCUGAAGGUGGCAGUGGACAUGGGGGGUUUUUAGAACCUGAUGAAGUUUCUGUUUCUUUUAUCAGGGCAUCUUUUUGUCCACACUCUUGGGGAGUUCAAAGGAUGGUAUUGCUGUAUAAGGAUGUGCCUCUGCAGCUCCAUUGUUCUCAUUUAAGGGUACGCUAUAAUGGAUUAAGUACAAAGUUUGCCGACUAUGCUGGGAGACCGCGGUUGAGUUUUGUGGUCGAUGCUCCUCCAAAUUUAUACAGCAUUCUCGAUGCAUGUGAUAAAAUUGCACAGAAAGUGUCUGCGGAAUCAGGUAGCAGCUCUAAAUGGAAGCAUGUUGUAACCAAACAUGACUUUGACAACUCCCCUACAGUGAGACUGCACAUACCCACUGAAGUGACUGGGGAUGUUGCUCAAUAUGCUACCGAGAUAUUUCACAAAGAUUCUUCUGAAACCAUGAAAAAGCAUGAAUUCAGCAGGUUGGGCGCUGCGGAGCUUAACACCUGGUUCAGGCAAGGGACCUUCGUGGCUGCCUACUUCUCCUUGGAUCCAUAUGACUAUCUGCAGGAAAAAAAAGCUGGAAUCCGGUUGGUUGCAAAGAAAUUAAUCAUGCAUCAAUACUGAAGAAGGAAGGUUCUCUACUCUAUUCAUGACGUUUGGCUGUCAUGUGCAAUUGUAGCUGAUUUAGAAUUCAUAAAAUAUAUGAUUUGGUCACGUGUUGCAGAAUAUGGUGUGACUCUAAGCUUGACAGUUGGAUUACGUGAAAAACAAGUAUGGUUUCGGUGUAGGAAAAAGUAAAGUAUGGUCAAUGUAUGGUGUUUAUAUGUUUUAAUUGCUAAUGGAGACUUGUCAGAACAUAGGCUAUAAAAGCCUGAAAUCUAUCAAUAAAACUAUGAUCGAGAGUGUGAGCAACGGGUAUAUAGAGUUAAUUCAGGGAAGAUCUGUUCUGAGAAUGAAAAGAAAAAGGAAAGCUUUUCUAUUGUUCUGA